AUGACCGUUGACUGCCACUCGACGGAUGAAAUUCAAGGAAUUCCGAAUACUGGAGGUUUAACAGUAUCUGUGCUAUUUGUUGAACACAUCUAUAAGUCAGGUGAUAUUAACAAACUAGACUGUUACCGGCCGAUUUCUGUUUUACCAGUCCUCUCAAAAUUUCAAUUUAAAUAUCGAUCAAAUAGGUCUACAUCGACCGCGGUGACAUUGUUUGUUGACAACAUCAGAAAGGAAGUUGAUAAUGGAAAGUUAACGGGAGCUGUAUUUAUUGACUUAACUAAAGCGUUCGACACUAUAAGUCAUGCUGUUUUAUUGCAAAGACUUCAAAGUUACGGUGUCAGAGACAAUGAACUGUCAUGGUUCACUGUCAAUUUUGGGGCCAUUGUUAUUCGUAAUAUUUUUCAACGAUCUGCCUGA